AUGGCACAGGAUGCAACAGGAAGUAACAAGCGUGUCCAUUCUGCUUUAUUGGGAUAUGAGGAUGAUGAUACUGAUGAAUACUAUCUAAAUGCCGGGGAGGAUGAGGAUGAAGAAGAGGAUGAGGCUCAAAGAGAAUAUUAUCGAAAGAAGAUCAUGGAAUUGUAUGAGGAAAAGACGAAGAUGUUUGCUCGCGAAGAUGCCUUAGCCGAGCAAAUUAAGUGUGAAGAAAGCAAAAAGUUGUGCAAAUGUCCCACGAAUAAUAAUGCGAUGCAGCAACCUAAACCUACUACACAGAUUGUGAGCAACCAGGUAACCCAGCAGUUGAAACAGUUCAUCACGAAUAAUAAGAUGAACGCAGUUGAAAGAAAAAAGCGGAAAAGUACUCCAACAGUAGAGAAGAACAAAAAGGUGGAGAUUGUGAAGAACCAGAUAACCCAGGAGUUGGAAGAGUUCAUUACGAAUAAGCUGAAGGGGACAGAAGCGAAGGCGGUGAUCCAGAAAACCUUGUUCUCAAGUGAUCUGAGAAAAAACCAGAACAGGUUGAGUAUGCCGAUGAAACAACUGAAACCCGAUGAGUUCUUGAGGAAAAAUGAGAAAGAAGAUUUGGAGAAUGGAAUGGAAUUGAAGGUGGGAUUGUUGGGGCCAAGAUUAGAGAUGCAUGAGAAUCCGAUGAUGUUGAAGAUGUGGCAUAUGAAGAAGACCAAAAACUACGUCCUCAAAACCAACUGGAACGAGUUUGUGAUGGCGAAUGAAAAGGAUUUCAAGAAUAAGGAGAACACAGAGAUUCAGGUUUGGUCGUUUCGCAAAGAUGAGGACUUAUGCUUUGCAAUUACGUUUUUGGAGAAAGAUGUUGAAGGUCAAAACGACGCCACUUAA